UGCCCGCGCCUCAUUGUGCCUCGGACAACGAGUGUACGCAGUUACCACGCAGUUACCAAGGAGUUACCACACAGUCGCGGCGCAGACAUAGGCCUCAGGUCGCGGGCCUCAGAGCUAGACCCCGCCAUCUCACAAUGUCUGAGGGGACCGAGGAACAGGAUUUUGUUAUUGUAACUGUUGACGACAGUGAUGAUAACAAUGAGUGCAGUAUUGAGAUGGUGGAAGAUUCUGAAACAGCAGAUAAUUCCACUGAUGACAUAGCAAAUGAUUCCACUUAUGACACAGCAGAUAAUCCCACUGAUGACACAGCCACACAACCAAAUUUUCCAGGCGGCAGUGAUGACCAUCACCGUCCACUCCAAAUGUCAUAUGUAGCCCAUGGUGACCAAACCAUUUCACAGAUCAAAUGCCCAGUACAUUUAAGAAGAUACAGUUACAACUCAGAGGAAGUGGAUUUGCCAAAAAGAGGAAGAUUAUCUACUCCAGAGGUACAGUCUAGCACACCACCACCAGCAGAAAGGCAGGAAACCCAUGCCUGGGCCAGCCCUGCUGUAGCAUCUCUUGAGUCAGCAGCAUGUCCUGAACUGCAGGAAGGAGACCUCAGUGAGAGUUCAUCAUAUCCCAGAAUUGUCUCCUCACGUUCAUUACAGCCGUAUGUCGCACAAGGUGGCUCAUUUCCUUGUUUCGGUAUGCCAUGUAACUUUAUCAGUGGAGGUGCUGAAAGUACCCAUGCUGUCAUCUCAUUUGCCGAUGCUACUACAGCAGUACCUAUGGCAGGUCUGUCACGAGGAGAACCCAGUCUGGCAAGUAACCCUGGUGUGGUGAAUUACUCUGCUCUACUGGAAAAUGAAGAUGUGGGCCCAGGUAGAGCCUUGUCAUCUUUCUGCAUCCAUCCCAAUUUGGAAAUGCCAGAAAGACCAGCAAACAGCAGUAAAAACAGCACUGAGACAGUGAAUUACCCAACUUUAAUGGGAAAUUACAGUGGCCAAAAUACUGCCUCUUUAUCUGUCUUCAUCCCUCCCUAUUUUGGUAUGCCAACAAUUGCAGAAACCAGGCUGGAAAGCAACCCUCAGACAAUGAAUUACCCAAUUUCUUUGGGAAAUGGCAGCAGCCCAUGUUCUUCCUCUUUAUCUGCCGGCUACACACCUAAUUUUGUAGCUGAGAAAAUUAUACUUAUUGAAAUGCCAGGAACAACAGAAACCAACAUGGAAAAUAACUCUCAGACAGUGUAUUACCCAUCUUUAUUGGGAAAUAUGAGUGUCCCAAAUCCAGCGUCUUCAAAUCUUCCCAUCACUUCUAAUUUUGUACUUGAAAAAGUUAUAGAAAUGCCAGAAACAGCAGGAACUAACGUAAAAAACAAUACUCAGACAGAGAAUUACCCAACUUCAUCAGGAAGGGGCCAUAGCCAAGAAACAUUGGGAAAAGCACGAACCAGCUCAGUAAAGAGGUCUGUGAAAACAAAUUACCGACCUUUAUUAGAAAACAACAGUCGCCAGAAUGUUUCCUCAUUAUUUCACAGCGUCCCUUGCAAUUUCGAAUCUGGCCCACAAAUGAAUUCUGGGACAAUGAGUUACUCAACUGUAAUGCAAAAUAGCUGUGACCAAGAUGAUGCUUCAGCAUCUGCCUGCCUCACUCCCAAUUUUGCACUGUUACCUCUGAACAUUUUGGUAAAAGUAGAUACCAACACGGAAAACAGCCUCAACACAAUGAAUCGCUCGACUUUAUUGAACAGUGACAGUGGCCAGGAUUCUUCCUCAUCACCUGUCUGUAUCCUUCCCAAGUAUGGCUAUCUUGGUGAUCCAAAAAGAAAUGUCAGAGUACUUAAAACUCAUUUGCUGGCCGUACGAAAUAUGGCCAAACCUAAGCAAGCAGCCUGCUAUUUGGUUCGUAUUUUGUUCUCCAAGGAAAUCCUGAUUAGCAACUCAGUGGAUAUCCAUUUGAAAGACAGCCAGUCCCUUGACCCAAACAAAAUGGCUGCAUUGAGAGAAUAUCUGGCAACAACUUUUCCCACCUGUGAUUUGUGUGAACAUGGAAAAGACUGGCAGGACUGUAUUUCUGGUAUCAAUUCUAUGAUCUACUGUUUAUGUUCUGAAGCCAAGAGUACUCCAAAAACUGUUCGCAAAAAUAAAAAGCUUACCAACCCUGUUGCACCAGCAUCUGCAGACAGAAAUGACCAUAAGGACAGAGAUGGUGGUGAAGGCAGUUCUUGGAUGUUUCAGCCAAUGAAUUAUUCUGAAAUGAGAGAAAAGGGGAACUUGCAGCCAAACAGUAAUUCUAUCCCUGAAGAAAUGCAAGAGCCUUCCACUGAUAAUCCAGAGGAACCUGGUGAAGCAUGGGGCUAUUUUGGAAGACCUUGGAGAAAUAUACGGAUGCCAUAUUCAGUACUGACUUUGGCAAAAGCUAAGUCUUGCGCAAGCCUGUCAGCUAGAUACCUUAUUCACAAACUCUUCACAAAAGAUGUCCUGAUCCAAAGUAACGUCUAUGGCAGUCUAAAGCAUGGCCUGUAUGCCCUUGACCCUAAUAAGAUUAGUGCUCUCCAAGAGUUCCUCCAAGAAAACUACCCAAUUUGUGAUCUCUCGGAAAAUGGAAGGGACUGGAAGUUGUGUGUGACCUCCAUCAACAGCAGUAUCCGUAGCCUUAGACAUAAUGUCAGAAGUGCUGAAGCCAGAUCUCAGUCGCUUCCAGCAGUGACCCCUCCAGAGUCGGAGCAGGAGUAAAAGUCAAGAGAUCCCAACGCCACUGACAGAAGCACCUGAACGGCAGCUGCCAAACUUUUUUUUUUUUUUUUUUAAACUGUUAAGACUAUUUUGUAAGUUUCUCAAGUUCUAAUUCCAAAAUCAGCCUGCUGUACUGGCAGAGUAGUUUGCAUUAACACCUGUAGAAAUUGCCAAACUUCUUUUUCUGCUCAUAAAGGAGGUAGAAUCACAUUAGGAA